CGAUAUCCCUCAGCAGCAGAAGAAAUGAGCCGUUGGCAAGACAAAUGCGGUCAGUCCCAUUCACCAGCUGCCAACCAUCCGGCCGUGACCGACAGACACUCCACUAGUGACAGAUGACAACACUAAAGAUGCAGCGCCUCCUAAACCUGGGGGCAAAAGCAAUUUCAUUAGCUCCACUUCAGCAACCAUCGACAUGGCUUUGUGGAAGAGCAAACAUAAGGAACGCUUCAACCUACAAAGCAGCUGUAUUACGAGAGUUUGGGCAGGACCUACAAAUUGAAGAUAUCAAAAGAAAGAAGUUGCAAGGAAACCAAGUUAGAGUAGGAGUGCAUAGCUGUGGAGUAAAUGCUUCUGAUGUCCUGAUGAUAGAAAACAAAUAUGACAAGAAGUUCAAUCCUCCAUUUGUGCCAGGAUUUGAAGUUUGUGGGGAGGUAUUGGAGAUGGGAAAGGAAGUCACUACCAUGGCUGUCGGUUCUAAGGUCAUAGGAAUCAUCAAAGAGGGUCUAGGUGGAUAUGCUGAAGAAUGCAUUGUUUCAGAACAGGAUCUGUGGACUGUGGACCAUGCAGUUAGUUUUGACAGUGGAGCAGCUCUUGUUGACACCUAUGCCACAGCUCUCAUCGGGCUAAACAGGCGUGCUGCAGUGAAUGAGGAGAGCACAGUGUUGGUCACAGCAGCAGCAGGUGGGCUGGGUCUAGCAGCUGUGGACCUUGCAACAAGUGUCUAUAAAGCAAAGGUUAUUGGUGUGUGUGGAACAGAGGACAAGGCAGGACUUGUGAGGCAGAAGGGUGCCUGGGCAGCUCUAAAGUACAACAAAAAACACAUUGAUGCAAAGGUGAAUGAGGUCACAGAUGGCAAAGGUGUCAAUGUUGUCUUUGAUGCCAUAGGAGGAGAUACUUUUGUUGACUGCUUGUCUUGGGUGUGUCAUGAAGGGACUGUGGUAGUAGCGGGAUUUGCCAGCUGUGUAAUACCUCACAUAGAGACUAGUAUACUUCUGCCCAAGGCAGUCUCCCUGGUUGGCCUCUCCCUCUCACACUAUCAGCAGGCAAAUAAUGCUGUGUACAGGCAAGUAGUCGAGGAUGUGAUUGAUAUGCAUGAGAUGAGUUUGAUAAACCCUCACAUAUCAGCACGUUUCAAUAUUGAGCAGACUGCAGAAGCCUUAGAUUUCUUACGGCAGAGAAAAUCCACCGGGAAAGUUAUUCUCGAACUUCGAUAACAUUAAGCCAUGAGUUGUCCUGAGGAGAAUGCAAGGACUUCAGGAAGAUAUGUACUUGAGCUCCUUUGGUUUGGGUGUUACGAAUACCCUGAUGGAAUUGGAGUAAUUACAUCAAGAAGUAACCUGCUUGUAAAUUAUAAAACAAAGAAAUGAUGAAUUAUUUUCUGUAAUUGUAUAUCACUCCUACUGUACUCAAACAGUUCAGUGAAAGUCUAAGUUUUAAUGUAUAGAACAAAGUAUCUUUUCCACUAUUGCUUCAAUUCAGGUCUGCUAUACUUGAAUGCUUCAUUUGCUGCUUUAUAUCAUCACAUACAUACUUAACCAUCUGUAAACACACUUAUGUGGCUUUCCAAGGCAUAUAAUAUGAGUCUGGAUGAGAGAGAGAGAGAGAGAUGGGGGAGGGCUCUUCUUAUAACUGUUUUCAAUAAAACUAUAAAGUACUGAUAAGCAGCAGUUGCAGAGGUCUUCAUCCUUAUCACAAUGAUAUAACUUCCUCCAAUCAUUCCACCUGCACACAAAUACGAAUAUCAAUGCCUCAACAAUUUUUUUGUCAUGUUUCUGAAUACCUCAACUCUAUUCAGUUGAAACAUUCACUUUGAGAAGUCUAUGACAUGAUGAUUGUGUAAUUUUCAAACUGAUAUGAUUUACUGUGAUAAAACUGUUACAGCUAUCAAUGAACAUAAUAAAAUAGUUCAGUGAGUAUAAUAAAGACAUGCAAAAAUA